AUGCCUGAUACCCCCAUGGUCGAUGCUCCUAUCCCUGCUCCCACGGAGUCUGAGCCUCAGCCACUGUCAGAACCAGAACAAGACCAAAUUCCCAUCGUUGGGGAAGAGCCGGAACCAUCACCUGAAGACGAUGUGCAUCCCGAACCAGCAGCUGUCCCCGCGGCACCGCAAAGUACGGUAGUGUCAGAGGUCCUCAUCCAAGAUAUGGAGAUACUACCACCGCCGCCGCCGGACCCGCGGAAGGGUCCUCCAGAGUGGGUAAUGUACGAUGAAGAUACGUCAAAGCCGACGCCGGAAGAGGAGGAAGAGCUAAAACUGCGAGAGCAGAGAGGAACAGAAUUGAGUGCGGUGGACGUGCCCAGCGUGGAGAAGCGCAUCUACUCAGACGUUCACGACCCAGACAUGCGUCCAGUCAAGAAGUUACGUUUGAGUUGGGUUAUAAAAGGGGUCCGAGGAACCACAGACAAGCCGAACUAUGCAAGAGUCAUGAUUUCGCCCCCUGCUCUUGUCGAUGGGACAUACUGGCAGAUUAAAUUCUACCCGCGCGGCAACAGAGCCUCGUCCUAUAGCGCAUAUAUCAGAUGCAGCAAGAGACCACCCGAGACAGAACGUGAGAUCCGCGGCACCAGCUUUUCCGUCUUUGAGGGUCCACCCGACGCCCACUUUGGCCCCGGAGCUGUGCCGAGCCAGACCUUGAGGGUCGAGCCGGCUGCAAGCAAAAUCGAACGGUCCUCUUCGAUUUCAUCUGCCACUUCUAGCUCCUCCCAGAAACAGGACAGCCCUGCAACACCUGAAGCGUCGCAUCCGGAUGAGUCUGAUAGCCAGAAUGAGCAGGCGCACGAGGUCCGAAUCGCUCAAGAGGCCGAAGAAGACUGGCGAGUUUCUGCUCAGCUUGGGGUAGUCAUGUACAAUCCAGAAGAACCGCGUACGUGUGCAUACACCACUAGCGAACACCAGUUCUCCAAGCAUACCGACGACUGGGGUUGGUCCAACGUUGUCGGACCGUGGAAAGAGACACAUCUGCGCCAGCACUUGCAGAGAGCCCCUCUUCUCCAGAACGACACAAUCGCAAUCGAUGCCUACAUCCGCAUUUUUGACGAUCCAACAAAAGCUUUGUGGUGGCGCAGCUCCGAUGGCGAGCCCCACUGGGACUCGAAAACACUUGCCGGCUACUUUCCCAUGGGGACUCCUCCUCUCUACCACAGCCCUGCUGUGGCAGGCAUGACGGCGUGGCUUCUUCUGGCGCCUUUCCGCAAAGUUCUGCAGUCGAUUGACACGGGUGGGUGGCUGCGGGACUCUCAGGUCCGGCCGAAACCGUUCAUCGCUCAGCUACAAAUCAUCCUUUUUCUGAUGCGGACAAUGAAGAAGGAACGGGAGACUUAUGUUGAUCUUUAUCCGGCGAUCCAAGCCCUGACCGAGCUCGGAGAGGAGUAUACUGAUGUGAAGACCUUCUGGGAGGUGUUCCGAAGAUCAAUCGAGCUGGAGUUGGAGGGUGACAACCAAUCUUUGCGGGAAUUGAGCGCCAUCUUCGACGGCCCCAAUGGUCCUAUGGCUGUCCCUCCAUUAUCGGUGGAAAAUGUGCUUGACAUCCAGCAAACACUUGGUCGUUCCCUACGCGAGACAAACUUCCAGGGGACGCUGCCCAACUUUUUGCCUCUUAUGUUGGCUCGCGACAAGUUUGAUAAAACGAUCCGGGAAUGGAAGUUGCUCCAUGACCAUGUCGUCUUGAACGACGAGCUCGACCUAUCAGAAUUUGUCAGCGAUGCCGAGCAUGCCAAGUACACCCUUUAUGGAUUCAUGGUUCAUGCUGGUGCAAGAAACUCCGGCAAAUUCUACGCGGUUCUGCGACCUAAUGGGCCAGAUACGAUGUGGCUGGCCUUUGAGGACGGCGAUGGGAAUCAGGUAUUCUCCUACAGCAGGAAGCGCCUGCAAACAUUUGAGGGCCUCGAGGGCCAGGCUUUGAAAGACUUCAACUCUACUCGAUCAACUGCUUACAUGGCGAUGUAUAUCAGGACCAGCUGCUUAAGCGACUACCUGCCUGGAGAUCUGGAACCCUACAAGCUGCCUAAGUGGCUUGCCACUUACUUCGGAUCUUCGUAUCAAGAGGCUCCCGGUAAUAUUGCUGAAGAAGCCCCUUUGGCGCAAUCGGAUGAGGUCCAGGUGGAAGUCUACUCCGAUGAAGGUGUUAUUGGGAGAGAUGGGCUCCUGGACAUGUACAACAUCAAGCAACAGUCGCAACACAAAGGUCUCUUCCACAUUCUCAAGUCGCCACGAAAGUCGACCUAUCAGGACCUGAGGUCCCGACUGGCGCAAAUCCUGGAACUCGAGACACCUGAUCACAUUCGACUGUUCGUGAUGGGCUAUGGCGGCAUUGGUAACUACGCCACUGCUCAGCUGGUGGGUGUCAAUUUGAAAGAUUCUGUUGGCGAAAAGGAUACGACUGGCGCGCCAAUAUGCUUGUGGAUGUCCGUUCUGACAAAUAAGGAAGACCUUGAGGUGUUUGGGGAACCAGAUAAGCCAGAUGUUGAGGUGGUGGUACAACGGGCUCAAUCCAGGAGUGAUACAUCGGUCUCGGAAAGUGACUCCAACAGCACUGAAGAGCAGAUUUCUGCUCCUGACGCCGAACAGGCUUCGGUUCAAGCAGCGGUGAUUGCGGACCUGGCGCGCACAUCAAGCGGCGACCCACAACCUGCCACUGUCACGGUCGAGAUCAAUGAUCAGGACACGACCAUGCAACUCAACAUCACAACGCCGACUGCCGAGGAACCGUUUUCUACGGACGUACCUCAUGGGCACCUUGUCGAUGCGGCGACGCACGAGAAUGUAGUGGCGCAAACCGCCUCAAGGCCUGUGACGUCAGCUUUGUCGGCUGCAGAAGAAGCGGUCAUUGCUGCCGUUGUCGCAGGAGAUGCCGAAGUCAUGGAAAUCGGGAUGGAGUCACGCUCCGAAAUCACAGAUCCCCUAGGCUCGCAGUCCAGCGAGUCGUCAUCGCAGUCUUCGUCCCCACCGCCUGAGAGAGAAGGGAGGCUGGUUGACAACGUUUAUGGCUUCAUUCAGGUCUUCGAUCAGGAGAAACAGACGUUCCACGUUGAGGGCACCUUUUUUGCAAAGACGAAUGACAGAGUCAGAGAGUUUUUGCAGAAGCGUCUUGGCUACGAUGGCGAAAAGAACUUUGCUGCGUGGCGUCGCCAAUCGACGGUGGACGGGACCAUGUUGGGGGCUGAUGAGACGUUCCGGGGUGCCGGGUUCACCAAUGGCUCGGAUAUCGUCGUCUAUGAACCGGCUUCCGAGGCUCAGAUCAAAAAGCUCGAGAAAGAUGGCAAAUUCACCAACCCCCACGAUCUGUCCAAGUAUCUGCGAGCGGUUGACAGACGGCAUCCCAUCCAGUCCAAGACGACAGCCGAACCGAUCGAGCUUGCCGAUUUCGGUACCGACUACUACAAAGGUCCACUCGUCAAUGGACGUUACCAUGGCGCGCAUUGCCUGAGGAUCAGCUCCUCGGGAAACACGUAUGAGGGACCGCUUGUCUGCAACGUCAAGUCGGGCAAAGGAGGCAAAAUGACUUACUGCAAUGGUGACACAUAUGAGGGCGAAUGGCACCAAGACGAGCGUCAUGGCCAGGGUACUUUCGUGGAAGCCCGCACGGGUAACAAGUACGUCGGUGGCUUCGAGAACGGCAAGCGCUGGGGCAUGGGUACGACUUAUUGGCAGGUCGCCGACGAGCAGGCAGACUUGUGCCAGAUUUGCUACGGCAGCGAGAUUGAUGCUUUGUUCUUUGAUUGUGGACACGUGUGCGCCUGUGUGGAGUGCGCGAAGCAGUGCGAGCUGUGCCCAAUCUGCAGGAAGACGGUGAAGCAAGUCGUCAAGAUGUUUCGAUCCUGA